AUGUUAAAGUUUUCAGCUUUGGGCUGAUUAAGAUCUGUUUAUGGCUCAAGCCACCAGGCAUAGAGGAGGUGAGAUGGACACAGCGUCUAUAAAAUGUCUAAUCAAUAGUAUAUCGCGAUUGGUUCAUCUAGUUUCAUGCCAAACAGUGAAGUCUGUGCCUAUUCAGAAGGUUUACAGAACCAUAGUUGAUGUAUUGAAGCUUUUGAAGCCAUUACUUGAUGAGGUAGUUGAUUACCAUAUCCCUUCAGAUGAUAUUCUAUUUCAAGAGUGUGAAGAACUGGACAUGGUUGUCAAUGAAGCCCGGGAAUUCAUUGAAAACUGGUCUCCAAAGUCGAGCAAACUAUUAAGUGCUUUGCGGAGUGAGCCAUUGUUGAUAAAGAUACAAAAUUCAUCGCUCAAGAUUUGCUGUACAUUAAGUAGAUUAUUACAGUCGUCUUCAUCUCGUUCCGGUUUAAUGGGUCUUCAGCAAUGUAUGCAGGAAAUUGAACGUUUGAAGCCUGAAAGAGUAACAGAAUACUUAGAAGAGGCUCUGAAAAGUCAAACAAAAGAUUUCAUGCCUUCCACCAAAUAUCUUAUGAAAAUUACUGAAUUGCUUAGCUUGACUUCCAGCCAAGAACUGUUGAAAGAAAGUAUUGCUGUAGAAAAGGAAAGAAUGAAUGUUGAAGUUCGUGAUAUUAGAGGGGAACUAGCUAAAAUCGACCAAGUUGUGGUUCUUGUCUCCCAUAUUCGCGAAUUCAUGGUUAAAAGUGACCACAUUACCGCAUCUGGCAUCCCAGUCCCUCCAUACUUCCGCUGCCCUUUGUCUUCAGAGCUCAUGUUGGAUCCUGUGAUUGUAGCUUCAGGUCAAACAUACGAGAGAACUUCCAUUCAGAAGUGGCUUGAUCAUGGGUUGAUUAUCUGCCCAAAGACCCGUCACAGGCUGACACAUACAAACCUCAUUCCUAAUUAUACGUUCAAAGCUAUGGUAGAAAGUUGGUGUCAGGAAAAUAAUAUUAUACUUGCGAUGAACUCUCACUGCACUAAUGCUAUCACUGUCCCAUCUCCAUCAGGUCACAUCUCUCCUGAAGGUUUAAUUCACACAGAUACCCAGUACUCCAUGCGCAGUAGCAAUUCAACAUCAAGAUCCUCUGUUGAAGUUGAGAAGCAAAGAAAAGAUGAAUAUCCUAGAUUGAGUGGAGAAAAGUCCAAUGGAUGCCCUAGCGGUGAGAAAGGCCAGUCAUCGCCAAAACAGUCAUAUAUUCAUAGCAGGAGUGAAUCAGCCUCAAGUACUGUUUCCAGUGUUGAUUAUAUGCCUCCCCCAUCUAUUAAGGUAUCAGGGAUAUCCAAUAAGCAUCAAAAGGAUAAUGAUUUUUCUGGAGAAAUCACAUCUGAGUAUCCUGGUGACAGCCCUAAUUACCCAAACAAACAGCUGCUUCCAUUUUCUAGCUCAGAAUCUGAUGGUUUAACGACAACAUCCCAUGUCAUGAAAUUGAUUGAAGACCUCAAGAGCCAAUUGGACGAUGUGCAAACUAUGGCUGCAGAAGAAUUGCGGCUUCUUGCAAAGCACAAUAUGGAUAAUCGCAUUAUUAUAGGCCAGUGUGGUGCUAUCACACCCUUGCUUUCGCUGUUAUAUUCAGAGGUGAAGAUAAUGCAAGAGCAUGCUGUGACAGCUCUUUUGAAUUUAUCAAUUAAUGAAGACAAUAAGGCCAUGAUUGCAGAAGCAGGAGCAAUUGAACCACUAAUCCAUGUUCUGAAAACAGGAAAUGAUGGUGCCAAAGAAAAUUCAGCUGCAGCUUUAUUCAGCCUCUCUGUCUUGGAUGAAUACAAGGCAAAAAUUGGCCGUUCUGGUGCAGUAAAGGCCUUGGUUGAUCUUCUACGCUCCGGGACUCUUAGAGGGAAGAAAGAUGCUGCUACAGCACUGUUCAAUCUCUCAAUUUUUCACGAAAAUAAGGCUCGUCUAGUUCAAGCUGGGGCUGUGAAGUAUCUUAUUGAGUUGAUGGAUCCCGACACUGGGAUGGCGGACAAGGCUGUUGCUCUUCUGGCAAAUUUGUCCACUAUUGCAGAGGGGCGCUUGGCAAUUGCCCGGGGAGGAGGAAUUCCGUUACUAGUUGAGAUUGUUGAAUCAGGUUCUCAGAGGGGAAAGGAAAAUUCUGCCUCCGUUCUACUGCAACUGUGCCUUCAUAGUCCAAAGUUUUGUACUAUGGUUCUUCAGGAAGGAGCUGUCCCUCCGCUGGUUGCUUUAUCUCAGUCUGGCACUCCAAGAGCAAAGGAAAAGGCACAACAGCUUCUCAGCCACUUCCGGAAUCAGAGAGAAGGGGCUAUGGGGAAGGGAAAAUAGAGAAAUUUUGUUGAUCGGUUGCUGAUUUUUUUUCUCCCUCGAUAUUGCUCUUCCAUAAUAUUUGAUUCUCCCUCCAGAAUUCAGUAGAGCUAUUCUUUUUUCCACAUAUUCUUUACUUGUGCUUUUGGUUUUCGAAAAGUUUAAACUUUUUGCCUCUUUUUGUAUGAGUGAGCUAAGGAUUGAUUCACAAGAGCCUAGGAUGUCCAAACUUUUCUUUCUGUGUGUUUUCUUCUUUAUUUUGCUUUCUCUUGUACUUAUGCUAGGUGAGCUUCUUGUGCUCUUAGUUUGCCCGAGAACAUAGCUUCGCUUAGUGGCUGCAGUGAUUGAUUUGGUUCUCCUACAUUGUUGUACAUAUACUUUGUACAUAUAAUAUACACUCGUGUAAUUUGCAGUAUGAUCAGACUUUACAUUAUCAUAUUA